UUUCCUUACAAACAACAACUGUGAUUGAACCAUAACCAGUUCUACGCUCUAUGGAUUUUUAAAUGACAAGGCAGUACAAUAUAAUGGGACUAUUUUUUCAUGUGACAAAUCAUGUGAGCUUUAAAUUGUAAACAUGGCGAAACACUGGUUGUUGAUAUUAAUUUGUUGCAUAGGAUUACAGUUUAGUUGUGCAAAAUAUACCCCUGAUUGGGACUCAUUAGAUUCAAGGCCGUUACCAAAAUGGUAUGACGAAACCAAAUUUGGAAUUUUCAUAACAUGGGGAGUAUUUUCCGUUCCAAGUUUCUCUUCUGAAUGGUUUUGGCCUCACUGGAAAUCGAAGCAUCCAGCUCCAGAUAUAGUCAACUUUAUGAAACAUAAUUACCGACCUGACUUCACCUAUGCUGACUUUGCUGCAGAUUUCACAGCAGAAUUUUUUAAUCCAGACGAAUGGGCAGAUAUAUUUAAAGCAUCGGGAGCAGGAUAUGUUGUUUUUACAACUAAACAUGGUGGAGGAUUCCCAAAUUGGCCAUCAACUCAUUCUUUUAAUUGGAAUGCAAAAGCAGUAGGACCGAAUAGAGACAUUGUUGGCGAUUUGGCUGAAGCGAUACGAAACAGAACGGAUAUAAAGUUUGGAACAUACUACUGUCUUUCAGAAUGGUUUAAUCCACUUUAUCUCAAAGAUAAGGAAUCGAAUUUCACAACUCAGAAUUUCGUAAAGACAAAAGCCAUGCCGGACCUUUAUGAACUAGUAAGUAAAUAUAAGCCAGAAAUUGUAUGGGCAGAUAUGGUGGAUGAUUUAGGACCGGCCUCAUACUGGACUUCAAAAGAAUUUCUUGCUUGGUUGUUCAAUGAAAGUCCAGUAAAGGACACUGUUGUUACAAAUGACCGAUUUGGCCAAGAUUGUAAAUGCAAGCAUGGUAGCUACAAAACCUGUACAGAUAGAUUCAAUCCAGGUGUAUUACAGAAAUUCAAAUGGGAAAAUUGUAUGACAAUAGACAGAGACUCCUGGGGAUAUCGCAGAAAUUCUAACCUCGAAGCUUAUCUGAGUGUUCAUGAUAUCAUUUCAACUUUUGCAUCCACAAUCAGUUGUGGUGGUAACAUGCUAAUGAAUGUAGGGCCAACAAAAGACGGGAAAAUCAUGCCAAUAUUUGAAGAAAGACUCCGUCAGUUUGGCAAAUGGUUGAAGGUCAAUGGAGAGGGAGUUUAUAGUACGGUUCCAUGGAGUCACCAGAAUGAUACAGUUACCCGAAAUACAUGGUAUACAAAACGAAAAAUGGAGAGUGAGGGAACUGUGGUCUAUGCAUUUCUUCUUUCUUGGCCAACAGACGCAGUUUUGAAAUUAGGAGCACCGAUCCCAUCACAACAAACAGAAGUCAGCUUGCUCGGUUACCCAAACAAAUUUAUUUGGAAAUCUGGUCCAGGAGGCCAAGGAAUUAAUAUCACUGUACCAAUUAUACCAUGGAACAAACUACCAUGCGAAUGGGCAUGGGUACUUAAACUAACACAUAUAUCAAAUUAGACUUAAACUUUAUUUCAUCAUUGGUUUAAAUAUGUGUAAUCAAAUCAAUGUUCUCGUGUCACAAAUAACAGAUUUCAUCAGUGUAUGAAACAAGUCAUUAAAUCAUGACUUUGUUUUCAAUAGUGCAUCAUAAAACUCUUCAUAAAACACCAAAAUAUAUGAAAAAAAUACAUUAUAACUAUCUUUUUCGAUUGAAGGGUAAAAUGGAUAACAGAUUUUCUUUUCAAACUAUGUUUUUUUUUAUAUGACUUUUACAAUAAGUGACAGUUUGAAAACUGCAAUGUACAUUCCAGAACACUUAUUUGUUGAUAAUUGUUUCUGCAUAGCACUUAUUUUGAGUUAUUGUCCUGACGAUAUUUAUUCCAUUUAUUCUUAUUCAUGUACUAUGCAUAUAUGUUAACAUUACAAUAAGAAUUGGUCAGUAGCGAAAAACAGGCGGAGGAUACCAAAUGGAAAAUAAUAAAUUGUAUUGGAAUAAUUUUAUUUUCAAUAUUAUAAUAUCUUAAUUAAAUGACGCCUGAUAAGACACAUGCCAUGGUUAUGUUUUUCACUAAGUAUUUGGUAUAUUCUGAUUUUGAACAGAUGAUUAUUUGAUCACCGUAAAUGAAUCUGAGCGUGUGAUUUCAAACUAGAAAAGGUGUUAUUUUCAAUUUAUCUUUGAUUAAUGAAUUGAGUCUCGAUAUUUACAUCUUUUUAUAUAGAACCGUCCAUGUAAAUUUUAUCUAUGUUAUUAGCGAUUAAAUAUUUGUCUGUACA